AUGGCGCCGGCGACGCCGCCGGCGGACGCCCUCGCCACGCUCGCCGCGAGCGUCGCCGCCCCCGGCGCGGAGGAGGUCGUCGAGCGCAAGGAGCGGCGCAAGUCGCUGCUGCAGCGCGUCAUCGGCGGCGGCGGCGGCGGCGGCGGCGAGGGCCGGCGGCGGUCGUCCGUCGCCAAGGGCCGCAAGUCGCUGCUCCAGGCGCGCCAGCCCGAGGCCGCCGCGGAGCUGCCGGAGAUGUACGACAACGGGCCGGGCGACGCCGCGAACUGCGUCUCCGUCGUCGUGCUGCGGGGCCGCGACUUCCGCGUCAUGGACCACAACCUGUUCAGCAAGGGCGGCUCCAGCGACCCCUUCGCAAAAACGAGCAUCAAGAAGAAGACGACGGCGCCCGAGUGGCACGAGCGCCUCGACCUGUCGUGCGAGCACCUCGAGGGCAUGCUCAUGCUCAAGGUCUACGACUGGGACCAGCUCUCGAGCCCCGACUUCAUGGGCACGGUCGCCGUGAAGCUCGAGGAUCUGGGCGAGCGGGAGCAGUGCCGGGGCUGGUUCCCGCUGCUCAACGAGGACUUGAGGGCGCCCGACGAGCCGCGCGGCGACCUCGAGAUCGCGUGCCUCUUCCACCACGACCCGAAGCGCGUCGUCGCCGUGCCCGAGGCCUUCUUUGCGGUCGAGGAGCACGCGAAGAAGGCGGCGAACGCGCUCCGGGUCGUCGUCGUCCGCGCGACGAACCUGCCCGCGAUGGACGCGUCGCUCAUCGGCCGGGGAGGGUCGUCGGACCCCUUCGUGGAGGUGGCCCUCGGCGGCGAGAAGCGCCGCACGCCCCACAUCUCCAAGGACCUGAACCCCGUGUGGCUCGCGGAGUUCGACGUGCCCGCGGAGGACGUCGCCGACGGCUUCUUGGAGCUCCGGUGCUUCGACUACGAUUUAGCGUCCGGCGACGACCUCAUCGGCUCCGUCAACGUGCCCCUGGAGGCGCUCCACGCGGACCGCACGCCCGUGCGCGCGUGGUACGAGCUGGAUUUGGCGACCCGUCGGCCCAAGUCGCCGGGCAAGCGCGGCACGCUUCUAGGGCGCCUCUCGUCGACGCCGCCGGCGUCGCCGACGAAGGCCGCGAAGACGAGCAAACGCAAGUCGCGCAUCGCGGCCGCGCGCAAGAAGAGCUCGGAGAACCUCGCGGAGACGCCCCAACCCCCCGAGGACGAGCCGCCGCCGACCGCCGCGGCGCCGUCGAAGAGCCGGCUCGAGGUCGCGCUGCGGAUGGUCCACAAUCCCGACUACGUGCUCCAUCUGGAGAAGGGCCUGCUGGACGUCAAGUCCUACAAGACGAAGAAGCCCAACGAGCUGCGCGUCGUCGUCAUCCGCGGCAAGCACCUGCCCAUCAUGGACCGCAACCUCCUGGGAGGCGGCGGCCAGGGCAGGAAAAGAGAGCGAAAUUCCCAACUUCAAAGGCUCCUAUCUCGGUCGUUUUCCACUCGCGGCGGCUCCGCGGACCCCUACGUCGAGGGCGAGUGCGACGGCACGGAGCGGCGGACCAAAGUCGUCAAGCGGAGCCUCUUCCCCGUGUGGAUGGACAUGCUGUGCUUUCCCAUGGACGAGCUCCGGGGCCAUUCGUUACACUUGAACGUCAUGGACCAGGACAACGUCUCCGCCGCGGACUUCAUGGGGCGUUUGGAGCUGCCGCUCGGGUCGCUCGAAGAUCGAAACGCGCAGCGCGCGUGGCACGUGCUCCGGCUCGACGAGCGACCGGAAGAGGAGCCCGAGUUCCUGGACGAGGCCGACGCCCAUCCGCCGGUCAAGCCCACGGGGCCGGGCCAGGAGCUGCCGAAGGUGGAGGUCGCGAUGCGCUACGUGCACAACCCGCUGCUGGUCCACGAGCUGCCGAAGAACUCCGUCGAGGACCCGAACCCGCGCAAGGCCGCCAACGAGCUGCGGGUCGUCUUCGUCCAGGCGCGGAAUCUGCCGAUCAUGGACCGCAACGCGCUGAUCCACCGCAGCGGCGGGUCCACGGACCCGUUCCUCGUCGCGACGCUCGACGGCGACGAGGUGAGCACGUCCGUCAAGACCAAGGCUUUGGACCCCGUCUGGCUCGACGCGCGCCAGAUGCCCGUGGAGGUGCUGGACGACGACUUACACGUGGAGUGCUUCGACCACGACGAGACGAGCGGGCCGGACUUUGUGGGCGCGUGCGUGAUCUCGAUCCGGGAGCUCGCGGACCGGAAGGUGCACCGGGGCUGGUUCCAGCUCCGGGGGCGCAAGGCCGGCGGCGGCCUGCUGCCGGCGACGACGCGGUCCCACCUCGGGCGCGUCGAGGUCGCCAUGCGCUGGGUCCACAACCCCAAGCUCGUCGUGCCUUUGCCGACGGACCUCACGCGCGACAACUUCACGAACCUGGAAGCGAACGAGCUGCGGGUCUGCGUGAUCCGCUGCCGGAACCUGAAGGUGCUGGACCGGAAGAUUAUCGGGAAGAAGGUCGUCGACCCCUACGUGGAGAUUGUGCUCGUGGGCACGACGUACAAGACGUCCGUAAAAAAGCGCGACGUCAACCCGCUCUUCAUGGAGACGCGGGUCUACGACGUCAACGCCGUCGAGGUCUGCGACGCGCCCCUGCAGAUCACGGUCUGGGACGACGACGAGCUCCGGUCGGAGCGCGAGGCCGCGGGCGACGACGACUCGCGCGCGUCGGAGCGGUCCGCGGCGCGCGCGCCCGCGACCGCGGGCGAGGAGCGGCCGCGGCGGGACCUCGUGGGCGACGCCGACGCGGUCCUCGAGCCGCUGCUGAACCGCGAGCUCCACCGGGCCUGGUACCCGCUCGUCGACGAGACGGGCGCGUCGAGCGGCAAGAUCGAGGUCGCGAUGCGCUGGGUCCACAACCCGAAGAAGACGUUGACCAUCCCCGAGGCCUUCAACCAGACGAACCGGCCCCUGGACCCGACGAAGGAGCCCAACGAGCUCUUCGUGCUCGUCAUGCGGGGCAGCCGCUUACCGGCGAUGGACGCGCCCGAGGGCGGCGAGGCCAAGGGAUCGUCGGACCCCUACGUGACGCUCAAGCUCGGGAGCCUGUCGCUGCGCACGUCCGUGAAGAAGGCCGAGGUCAACCCGCUCUGGCUCGAGCCCUUCGCGACGCGGCUGAAGCCCGCCGCGCUCGACGACGAGCCGGACCUGAACCUCGAGGUCGUCGUCGCGGACUACGACGACGACCUCAGCAGCGAGCUCAUGGGCCGCUGCGUCGUGCCGCUCCGGAGCUUGCUCGACCAACCGAAGCAAAAACGCAGCUGGUUCAAGCUGAGGAACGGGCCGCCGAACCUGCCGGGCGGGUCGCUCGAGCUGCUCGUCCACUGGGCCCACAACGUGCCGUUGGAUCUGCUGGAACAGGAGGAGGCGUUACUGGAACAGGAGCGCCUCGAGCUCCUCGACGCGGAGAUCGUCGCCGCGCAGCCCGUGGCCGUGGACGCGGACGCGCCGGGCCCCUUGGCGCAGCACGUCGCCGACGAGGCGCGCAACGUCAAGGGGCGGCCGCCGAACACGCUCGAGGUCUGCCUCGUGCGCGCCGCGAACCUCAAGGCGGGCCACCGGUCCGGCGACGUGCCGCGGCCCCGCAAGGUCCUCACGCCCGUGCCCGACAGCUCCGCGGUCGCGGAGCUGUACACUUUAAAGGGCGACGUCUGGCAGCAGGCCAAGGACGGCAAGCUCACGCCCAACGAGCAGCGCCUGCGCCGGCGAUUGCACGCGGCCACGGAACUCACGCCCGUGAAGGUCCAGGACCGCGUGCCCCAGUGGCUCGCGGCGUCGACGCUCCGGCUGCCAAGGCACGCGGAGGCCGUCGACGCGUCGACGUUGGUCGUGCGGACCUUCGACGACUUGGCCGACGACCCGGCCAAGGCCACGGGCGCGGCGACGAUCCCCCUGGCGAAGAUCCGCACCUUCGCGGCCGUGGACGCCGGGUGGCGCGCGUGGCACGAUUUGGGCGACGAGUUCCACGAGAGGGGCCAGGUCGACGUCUGGCUCCGGCUGAGCUACGACCCGUCCAUCGUGCCCGAGGAGGUGUUGGAGGACGAGGUCGAGGCGCCCGAGGCGUUGUCCGAGCCCGCGAACGAGCUCAAGGUCGUCGUCGUGGGCGCGCGCGUGCGCACGCAGCACACGCGGCGCAACAAACAUCUGCUCCACAAGGACUCCAUCGAGGUCGCGCGCGACCUGGGCAUGGCCGUCGCCGACGACGACGCGGCGGAGGAGCAGUCGCUGAGCUCCUUCGAGCGGCUCGCGAAGCAGCACCACGACUCCGAGGAGGCGAGCCACGCGAGCUCCAUGCACCAGAACCUGCUCAAGCUCGGCGGGCUCGAGGCGACGCUCAAAUUCAUGGGCCGCGACCGCCACACGCGCCUCGCGCCCUGGGACGACUCGGACAAGGCCCUGCGGCUGACGACGGGCAAGUGCCCGGCCUACUGGCGCGAGGCCUUUAAUUUCGUGGCCAAGGACGACCGCGACGGCGUCGACGUCAUUUUGACGGAGGUCGACGACCACGGCAAGAAGUUCUACCUGGGCCAGUGCCACACAGGGCAGGACAAGGGUGAUUCAACGUGCCACAUCAAGAUGGCCGACCUGACGCACCGGCGGCCCGUGCGCAAGUUCUACCCCAUCGAGCGGGGCCACAAGGGCGGCGCGGACGCGGACGUGCAGUCCGCGGCGGAGAUCGAAUUGUGCGUGCGCCUCUCGCACUCGCUCCACCUCGCGACGUUCCUCUUGCCGGACCCCGUGCUCGCCAUCGCGACGCAGUGCACGGCGGAGGACGCGCCGCCCGUGCCGCCUCGACGGCGCGACGCGAGUGGCGGUGCGGACUUCGACAUGGCCCGGGCCGUCUCCGUGGACCCGGGCGACGACGUCGACAUGGACGCGGACCUGGACCCCGACGCCGUGCCGCGCUGGUUCUACGCCGAGGGCGAGGCCGAGGGCGACGCGCCGGAGGCCGUGGGGCCCCACAACCUCCACGACCUGAAGGAGUUCUGGAAGCACCGGACGAUCACGAACGACACGAGGGUGUGGCGGUCGGGGCUCCCGGCGUGGACGCCCGUCGACGAGCUCCACGUGCUGAAGCGCAUCUUGUGGGACUACCCGGCCCUCCCGCCGCCCGUGGACCCCGCCGACGCGACGACGGGCAACGAGUGGCCCGGCCGCGCGUACGCGCGGUUCCCCGACCGCCGGCUCGGCGACGUCGUGCCCGACGCGGAGGUUGAUGUGGAUGCGGAGCUGGCGAAGCUGAAGGAUCUGGACAUGGACGUCGGCGUGGAGCUCGACGCGGACGAGCCCGCGGACGACGUCGCGUGCGGGAAGGCGGUCCUCGACCCCGUGACGGGCCCCUACGCGCCCGGCGACCUGCGGGGCCGCAAAAGGGUGAUUCAACGCGACCUGCGGGACGCCUACGAGACGGGAAGGUUGGGCCCGGACGCGCUGGUCUGGCGCGCGCCGAUGCCCGGCGAGGACGAGGCGGCGGAGGAUCUGUUCGGGCCCCUGGUCUCCGUGAAGGCGCUGCCGACGUGGGGCCGGCGCCAGGCCUGCGAGGGCUGCCGGCUGGUCCAGUGCGACGUGCUGGCCCAGUGCGAGCUCUGCGGCGGCCUGGCGACGCUCCACAGCGUCGACGCGCUCGCGCUCCAGCUGGCCGAGGGCGACCGCGCCGCGGACGAUAUCGGGGAGGAGCCGCGGCCCCCGAAACCCGCGCUGCAGCCGCGCGCGGGGUCGACGAUCGACGCCAAGGAGGUCGUCGACGGCCUGGUCUGGGUCGGCGGCCGGCGGGCCGCCGAGGAGACGCAGCUCGCGGGGCUCCACGUGACGCACCUCGUCCGCGUCGUCGACAAGCAGCCCGCGACGGUGAAGGUGGACAAGUGGCGCGCGCCCACAUUACAAGAGGAGAUGGAGACGCGGGAGCUCACGGACUGGGAGAUGCGGUUGGUGGAGCACGACGCGGAGAAGUACGACCACGCCCUGCCGCCCCACUCGCCGCGGAAGAUCACCAUGGCCCUCGCCGCGGGCGCGGGCGACGGCGACGCGGAGUGCGUUCUCGUGCUCGACGAGGAGCGACGGACGGCGUCCCUGAAGGAGGCGUUGGAGAAGUUCUACGACUUUCUGAAGAACUCCGUGAGCCGCUGGACGUCGUCGACGGGCGAGCCCAUGCGCGUGCUGCUCUACGACGACGUCGAGGCCGACGGGCCCCCGGUGAGGGCGGCCUUGGUCGCGGCGGCGUACGUCGCGCGCGAGGAGGGCUGGGCGUCGAGGGAAGCCCUGGCGUUCCUGGGGCCGCGUCUCUGCGAGACGUCGAGCCUCUUCGCGGCCGAGGACGCGGGCGACAUCGCGCUCGCGCUGCCGGACCCCUGGGUCGCGGAAUUGGAGGCGCUCGCGGCGGAGACGGUCGUCGGGCGUUUGUUCUGCGCGGACUGCUUCGAGAACUGGCGCUUCGGCGCCGUCGACGACGUGCUGUCCACGCGCGUAGCGGCGGCCGUGCGGCGCCUGCGGGCGCGCGACGCGGCGCUGGAGGUGCUGGAUUUACGGGGCGAGGGCCCGCUCGACGGCGACGCCGCGGGCGUGCUCGGCGCGGCCGCGGGCCACGCGCUCGACCUCGUCUCCCUGGACCUGAGCGCCUGCGGGUUGGGCGACGCGGGCGCGGCGGCCGUGGCGACGGGGCUGCUCCACGGCACGUCGGGCGUCGGCGGGCGGCGGCUCGCGUUCUUGGGGCUCGGGUACAACGGCAUCCGCGACGCGGGCGUCGCCGCGGUCGCGACGCUCCUGGGCGUCGGCGCAAAGGCCGCGCGCCGGCGGCCGUCGACGGUGGACCUCCUCGGCGCCGACGACCUCAUCUUCGACGGCGUCGCGUGCCCGCUGACGGCGCUGGACCUGUCGCACAACGCGCUGAGCCACCGCGGCGCGCGGAGCCUCGGCCGCGCGCUGCGCUACCACGAGCUGCUCGUGUCGCUGGACGUGGCCCACAACCGGCUGGGCUCCCCGGGCGGCGUCGCGAUCCUGGAGGCCUUCGUGCAGCCCGACGAGGAGACGAUGCUCGCGGCCAAGGCCUACGAGUACGGGAGGGGGAAAAUAGACGUGACAAAGGAGACGGACGAGGAGAAGGAGCGCAUCGCCGACCGGGCGCUCGCCGUGCUCUUCUUCAACUGCUCCGUGACGGCGCUGAAUCUGGCGGGCAACGCGCUCGGCGGCGACGCGGCGCUCGCGCUCGCGCGCGCGUUCCGGAGGAACCAGAGCCUCGCGCACGUCGACUGCUCCGACAACCCCUGCGUCUUCGACGCGGACGUCUACGAGGACCGGUCCUACGUGAAGCGCUUCGGCGGCGACGACGGCAACUACGUCACGGGCGAGGCGCCGCGCGACCGCGCGCGCACGCCCCUCGAGUGCUUCGGCCAUUUGCGGAUCUACAACAAGUCGCUCGCGAGUUUGGAUCUGUCGUACGUGGAGCUGGAAGAGGACGCCCUCUUCGCCAUCGGCAAGUGGGCCGCGGCGAAGCAGUCGAAGGCGCGCGCGCUGCGGCUCAAGCGCUGCGGCGUCGACGUCGCGCGCGCCAAGGUCCUCGCGGACGUGCUCGCGACGGCGCAGGCCCACGCGCUCGGCGCGCCGCUAGAAAGAUUGGACCUCUCCUUCAACCCGCUGGGCGACGCGGGCGCGGCGCACAUCUCCGCGGCGCUCGCCGUCGUGACGCACGGCGUCCGGACGCUGUGCCUGGCGCAGACGGCGCUGGACCCGGAGGGCUGCGCGGCGCUCUUCAGCCACUUCGACCCGCGGCUCAGCGCCGUCGUCAAGGCCCACGCGCACGUGUUGGGCGCGGCGACGGCCAUCCUGGAGCAGGACGGCUUCUUGAACGAGAUCCUGGAGGCGAAGCGGCGGGGCAUCCAGCUCCCGGACGACGUGAGCUCCGACUCGACGUCGCGGCCGAACACGGCGUCGUCCUACGACUUCCCGAACUCGCGGCCGGGCACGGCGGGCAGCGGCCAGACGCACGCGCCGGACAUCCUGCAGCUCGGGCGGCCGGGGACGCCGGGCGAGGGCCGGGGCACGCCGUCGGGCUCGCGCCCGAGCACGCCCGGCGGCGGCCGGCGGCCGGGCACGCCGGGGAGCCGGCCGGGCACGCCGGGGUCCUCCGACUACGGGAGCCGGCCGGGCACGGGCGGCGGCUCGCGGCCGAAGACGCCCGGGAGCCGGCCCCACACGCCCGGGAGCCGGCCCGGGUCGCGCGACGGCCGCCGGCGGAAGAAGCCCAAGCUGCCCGCGCACCUCCUCGACGACAAGGCGCGCGUGACGGCCUUCUCGCGCCUCGAGAAGCUCGGCGAGAAGCAGAAGAAGGCCGCGGCCAUGGGCAACGCGCGCGACGCGUUCCCGGCGACGACGAUCACGGACCUGGACCUCGGCGACAACUUCUGCGGCGUCAACGGCGCGCGCGCGCUCGUCGCCGCGCUGAAGAUGGCCGCCUUCGAGGACCGGCCGGCGCCGCUGACGGCGCUGCGGCUCUCGAACGCGCGCGUGAGCCUGCGGGGCGCGGAGGUCCUCGGCGACUGCCUAGCCGCGGGCGCGUUACCGCGCCUCGCGGUGCUCGACGUGUCGUCGAACGCGAUCCAGGACAGCGGCGCGGCGGCGCUCGCCAAGGCCAUCGCGGCGCUGCCGAACCUGCGGCGCCUCGACCUCGGCUACAACAACCUGAGCGAGGCCGCGACGUUCGCGCUCCGGAGCCACCUGCAGACGACGUCCCGGAGCUCCGAGGAGAGCAAGCUCCUCGCGCUCGACGUGGGCAUGAUGGGCAACGGCGUCGACGAGGGCGACGCGUCCGCGCCGGGGCUCGCGCGGUCCAAGCUCAGCCUGCGCUACGAGCCGACGACCUUCCGGCAGAAGCUCCCGAAGAACCCCUACGUGGCCCGGAAGGACCUCGCCAAGGCCGCCGCGGCCAUGGGCGGCAUGGCCGGGGCGACGGCGCGCGACUAA